AUGGCGACGAAUAGAGGCAUCGUAGUCUUCUCGGGUGGAAGUGCAGCGAACAAUUUGGUGGAUGUCUUCAGCGCGGUGCGCGAGAGCAAGAACUGCCCACUCAGCUACAUCAUCCCCAUCAGUGAUAAUGGAGGGUCUUCAUCUGAAUUGAUCAGGAUUUUUGGAGGCCCUGGGAUCGGCGAUGUUCGAAGUAGAUUAGUGCGCCUGAUUCCCGACUCGCCGACGAAUCCUGAGCGAUCGGCUGUCAAGGCACUAUUUAAUCAUCGACUACCGGCUGAGGCCAGUGUUGCAGUCCAUGAAUGGCAGUCGAUCGUGGAUGGCACGUCGAGUCUCUGGACGGCCAUCACCCCUGCCAAAAAAGAGCUCAUUCGUUCAUUUUUCAAUGUAUUAAACCUGGAGAUUCUGAAGCGUGCGCGACCGCCAUCUUCAACCUUUGAUUUUACGUCUGCGAGCGUAGGAAAUCUUUUCCUAACCGCAGCACGUCUUUUCAGUGGCAGUUUCGAAAGUGCCAUCUAUCUACUUGGAAGUAUCUGCGGUGUCCCGUCAGAUCUUGUGCGCGUGAUCCCGGCAAUCAAUUCCAACUUCUCGCAUCACAUUUCCGCCUCGUUGGCAGAUGGGACAGUCAUCGUGGGCCAGAACAGCAUCUCUCAUCCCAGCGAAGCCACAGCUCUUCAGCACACCCCGGGCUCUAGACGUCCGAGUCUGCUUCUCGCCGACGGAGACGACAUUGAAUACACAGAUUCGGAAGCCUCAGACCCGAUGAUAUACGAAGAGGAUCACCUCCCCGGCUCGCUGGCCACUCUUCGCAACAAGAACAUAAAGUUCAGCAAAACCGAAAAUGAAGACUUGAGUUCCCGCAUAACACGAAUCUGGUACAUCAAUCCCUACGGUCAAGAAAUUCGACCUCCGGCAAACCCACGGGUACUGGAAGCCAUCAAUGAGUCCCAGGCUAUAAUAUACAGCAUUGGAUCUCUCUAUACUUCCAUUAUCCCCGCAAUAGUCCUGCGCGGCGUGGGUAAAGGGAUCGCCUCAAGUCCAGCCCGACACAAGAUUCUCAUCCUGAACGGGUCAUUGGACCGAGAAACAGGGCCUCCAUCGGCACCAUUUGCAGCUUCGGACUUUGUCGAAGCGAUCGUCAGUGCUGGUGAGGAGAGCCGCGGCCGAGUCCCGGUCGAUAUCCCCCGACACCAAGGUCAGGACCCGGUGCUGCCAGACGGUACACGGAACCAGAGAUCUCUCCCAUAUACUGCCUAUGUGACUCAUAUACUACAUCUGGAAGGCCCUGGGACACCGCAUGUGGACCGGGAGCGGCUCACGCAUAUGGGCAUUGAGACGCUCCGUCUCUACGGACGGAAGAUCACGGCUAUGGAGGGCGAUAAAGAGGUUGUUGUGGGCAUGCAAUAUGAUCCCAAUGCUCUGGUGCAGGCUAUUGAGGUUGUUCUUGGGAAGAAAGGGGAUGCGAUGAUCCGGGGUGGCAUUGGUAAUGGGUUGAAUAGACGAAAUACCCUCGACCCUGCGAGGAGGGAUCGGUGA